CCCUCCUCCCCGCCUCUUUCUCCGCUUCCGAUCUUGCCAAUGGUACAAUCAGUGCGAGAGGAGAAAAAAAGCCCCUAUGCGAAUUUUCACCUCCCACCCCCUUCGCUGAUAAGCCACUUGGUACGUUCUGCCUGAAGUCCCAGCCAGCCCUUCCCAAGCCAGAGCUGAAAGGGAGACAGACAGCCUGAGUUCCACUCUCGGCCAGAGGAGUCCCUUAGCCGGACCGCUCCCUGGGAAGAUGAGAAGAUUGCUGGGAGCUGCGGAAGCACCUCGCCUCUGAUCUGCUGUGAGGGUGGCUCGGGGUGGUCCUUGGCCAAAGAGACAGACCCGUUUUGGCUGUCAUCAUCUGGAGGAGAUGUCAGGACCUGAAGCUCACAGCCACAACAGAAAGCUGCCCUCCGACAUGGACAAUGGGCAGCGGGGCCUGGAUGCAGAGCAGAUGCAGCAACAGCAGCUCAAACUACACGAGAGGCAGAGAUUCUUUGAGGAGGUUUUCCAGCAUGACGUAGAUUUCUUCUUCCCGGUAUCACAUCUUCAGAUAGAGCACAGGAGACCUCCCUUGGGUAGCAUUUCCUCCAUGGAGGUGAACGUGGACAUGCUCGAACAGAUGGAUAUGAUGGACCUCUCUGACCAAGACGCUGUGGAUGUGUUUCUCAGCUGCGGGACAGAGGACAACAACAAUGUAGCUGCUCUUUUGCCAGAUUCCAACCAUUAUGAGGAGGAAAUUUCUCUGCAAGUGCCCAACGCAGCUGAGAUCAAAUCCCGGAUCUCAUCCACGUCCUCUGCCUCUACAGACCUGAACAGCUUAGACACCAGCGAGGAAGGGGUUGAGACCCCCGUGGUGCAGUCAGAUGAAGAAGAACUGCAGCAAGAUGGCCCUGUGGAGCAGGAAGCCAGGAGCUAGCAGGGGAGGGUUGCCACACCAUUGCAUGGACCCUGCCAGCUGGUGUGAUGAUGAAGGAACAUGGCUGUCUGGCUCUUUGAUUUCCACUAAGGAGCUACAGAUUCCCUACAGAAGCUCCCUAUCCCAUUUGCUGCACUUGGGGAGAAUUAGAUAUAAGUCUCCUCCCUGCAGGAUGGCCAAUGCAUGGAGAAGGCAAAGGGCAUAGGGAGAAUGGAGUGAGGCAAGGGGGCUGUAGAAAUUACAAAAACAAAACCUAACUCUCCAGGCUUUUACAGCUAAUGUUCUUGCUUCACUCACCCUGACUACUCAAGUUAGCUAUGGCCCCUGCUACAGAUAUUUCAGGCAAGGCCUUUGCGCAGGCUUACAGUUUCCCUAAUCCAUACAUACACACCCACACACACCCCAAAUGUUUUAACUGUAACAUAAGAGCAAAUUAUAUUCCUUUCAAACAAGCAACCGGGAGGAUAUGCAUUAUUGGGAAAAGGAACACUGAGGCAUUCUGGGUAGUAAGGAUGAAGAAGCGAUAGCUGAACCAUAACAGGGUUAGAAACCUUGUGGGAAGGCACUGGUGGUAGUAGUGGAACAGAGUGGUCCAUUCUCUUUUCCCCACCAAUUUAAUUCUGCAUUCUCACUCUGCAAACAUGCAGCAUAUAUUGGGAAGGUAAGAAUCAAGAGGAAUGGUGCACGAUGAGAAAAAGGGGACUUCAGGGAAGGGAUGCAGCAGUAACAAGUCUACUUAGUGUAGGCCUUCAUAACAUCUGACUCAUGGAGAAUACAACCUACACCAACUAUGUUUGCUCCCCCCCAUCCGGAGCUUGAUAAAGCCAUUCUGAUGUUUGCAAGAGAUUGUAAAACAGGCCGUCAAGCUCCCGGUAGGCUAUAAUCAAUGGCUGAUGGGUUGCAUUCAGCUUGAUAGGUGACAAAAGUUGUGCAGACCUUCUGUAGAUCAAUACCUUGGUAGCAAAGUAGCCUUGCAUUGCUAUCUGGCUAGUUUUUCAGUGAUCCAAUAGGAUUCGCUUAUCUCUUGGUGUAGAGGCUAAGAGUGUGGUAUGCAUGAGAUUAGUCUCAGAGGGAUCAAAUCUUAUCACUGGCAUGAACUCAUAAAGUGGGCCUGUAAUUUCUCUUCGUCAAUAGGGGAACAGUAAUAAUUACCCUCCUUACAGCAAUAUCAAAAGGAUUUCAGAGACUAUGUAUGUGAAGUGCUUUGACCACUAAAUGCGAAGUAUUCUUAUUACCAAACAUGUUUCUAAAUGGUCAGGCUCAACACUAAAUUCACGGGGAAAGUUCAAGAGACAUGUGUAAAUAAACUUGAUAGAAAUUAGACACAAAAUGGUGGUUUAGGGAAGGGCUAUAACUCUUUGGUAAGUGCAUGUGUUGCCUGUAGAAGCUCUUUUUAAAUCUUCAGUUAUAAAGGACCUCAGGUAACAGAACAGGGGAAGACUUCUGCCUGUGACUUUGCCUUUCCACUACCAGUCAAAGCAGACUGUAUAUUCAGAUGCCCCCCCUCCAAUUUGGGAUUUGAGGUGCCAUCCACAGACACCCCUUAAGUCACACUGUUCUUCAUAUGUAGAUCUCUUUUUUACCCCCAUGUAACAUUAACAGUGAGCAGUGGUUGUAAAUGGGGAAGACAAAAAGAACCAUGAUGGAGACAUGCAUAGGAGAUGGAAAUAAUUAAUUGAAGGAAAUGUCUCACUGUGCAGAACAAGUAAGUAUUGGAGCUCUGAAUAUCCAUGACACUUUAGGUCAGGGAUGGGGAACCUCUGCCUCCCUGCUAGAUGUUGUGAGACUUUUAUCUCCCAUCAGUCCCAAACAGCAUAGUCAGGGAUAAUGGGAGUUGUCACUCCACAAUAUCUGGAGGGCCACACAUUCCCUACCCAAACUUUAGAUUAUUUGCCUAACUUCUUUUAUCUGUUGAUAACAUCACUGUGUAAAAUUGGUACCAUUACAGAUGGAACAUUACAUCUUCUCCGGGGCUGUAACAAUCAACUAAUUGGUUAGAUUAACUGAUUGAACAUCAUGAGUGACUUAAAAAGAAAGGUGCCCUCAAUUAAAUCUGCAGUGUAUUGGGUGAUUUGAAAGCAGAUGAAUGGGAUGUGGGUUGUCAGCUGGCUUGUUCAUAAGCUAUUGAAUGUGGGUGUGAGACAUGGAUAUUUGCGUGAUCCAAAUUCUAGCAUCCCUUUGGUACAUGCAGCAACAACUGCAAAAUCUUGGGUCUUAAAGUGCAUAAUAAGCUGCGGGGGUGGAGCCACGGAUAGAGGCUCCAACUGACACCUGGGGGAAAACAGGAAAACCACACGUACAAUACUGUAUCAGAAUAACAAAUCAUCUGUGUAGCUCAUCCUCAAGUCAGUUUUGAGACAAGUAACUGUCAAUUUACAGAUUAGAAACUGAGACUGAGAGUCAGUGGCUUUUCAAAAGCCACCUAUUAUUCCCAGCUGAAGUUCCAAGUCCAAGUCAAACACAGUUUUUUGUACUAUUCAGUUACAUUGUAUGCAAGUCUAAAAUUGUCUUUAACAUUUAGAGCCUCUUGAUUUGCUAUACAGAGAACAAAUCAUGUAGAUCAGGGGUCAUUAAUCUUUGGCUCUCCAGAUGUUGUUGGGCUACAAGUCCCACCAUCCCUGAACAUUGGUUAUGCUGGCUGGGGCUGCUGGUAGUUGGAGUCCAACAAUUUCAGGGAGGGGCACAGGUUCUCUAUCCCUGUGUAGAUCAUUUUAUCAUGUUCAGAACCCUAUUUUGCUAGGUUGGAUAGGCACUGGGAAGCUGUGGCUAAUUGCAGUUUGCACGCUGCAAAAAUGAUAGUGUACGCAAUUGUCACACAUGACAACAGUGUAGUUUGUAUGCUUUCCCCCACAUUGAAAAUUGCCAUGCCAAAUUAAUAUUGGAAGCAGCGCUCAUGCUGUUUGAAAUCCUGUCUGGUUUAAACCAGACAGGUGUCCACUCUGAUAUAAAUGGAAAAUGAAAACCACCCUGAAUUGUGAGGCUGGAAUAAUCCCAAGCAGAAAUAAAAGGAGCCUGCUGUAUAAAUAA